GAUAUCUAGGCAUUUAUCUUACUGUCUUAGUCCGAAAAUGGUCUUACACUUUCCUUAAGUAUAUAUUUCAUCCUACAGUAUCGCUGUACCAGCCACCGUUAUCGAUCUUCGUACUCACUGCUUUUUUAUUAACCGCGAUGCAUGAACGUAAACAGGCCAAAGAAAGCACGACAAAUGUGACCUCGCGGCGCAAAAAGAAUGACAAUAAUCCGACGCCUGCGGCCGUAUCAUCGGUGGCACCGACGAUGGCCGUUAGCCAACUGACGCAGUUAUCAGCGGGAACUGCACCGGCCACUGAUCCAUCAGAAUCAUUCGAACACCAGCGAAAAAAAGCGGUGGUUACGUACGGAGAUGGGCCGUUAUUCCCCUUGCCUGAGGACUCGCCGUUAUUAGUCACGGGGCCCGCCUUGCAGCCGCGCUACCACAACUCAGAGUACGGGGAACCCGUACAGCCAAUCGAUAUUAACCCGUUACUGGCCACAAACCUCGAGAGCAAUAAAGGAUGGUUCGAAGAACACGCCAAGAAUUUAUUAGAGAAAACCAAGCUUGUAUUCUUGUCCAAUCAGCACGACUCGGCUUCAUCCGUAUAUUUGCCCGAUGGAUCCAAACUUCAUCCAGCAUGCUCGGAUUCCUCGAUAAAUCCCGCAUCUACACACGGAACCGCCUUCUCGUUGGCCACUGGCUGCGAUAUGAUGCCCUCGGUGUCGCAAACCAGCCUGCUAAAACAGUGGGAUCCUUCCACCGGUCAGCCGCUGUUUCCCGAAAAACCCACAAGUAAACAUGAACGGCGACCACCAACGCCGCAGUUGACCAUAACACACCACGAUCCUCGACACAUUCACUUGCUCCGCCCGACCUGUAAAGAACCGAAAGCCAAACGGGCGACAGCGUAUCUCGGUGUGGCUGAAGAAGCGCCUCAGCAGCGAGAAACUAUUCCCAGGCAGUAUAAGUUUGAUGAUGAACGCCAGGCAUACGUCCACGAGGAUAAAGAUUCCGAAGUUGUCCAUAACAUAACCUGCGCGCUGGAUGUCAAUUAUGAGCCGUCAUCGUUAUGCACCAAUGUUUCGCUGUACUAUUUGACAAUCCGUCAGAAACAGGCGUCACAGGCAAAGCAGAUGUUUCGGGACCUUCGGAACCAUCUUCAUCUCUCCAGCGAAAACGACACCAUCGACUUCGUUCGCAUACGAACUGCCCAGGGCGACCGGCGUCUUCACCGUGACCUGAUGCUCCCGUGGAUGGAGCCCUCGGAAAAAUAUCCGAACGCUGACCUGUAUGCAAAGUGCAAAACAACCGAUACUUUCCUGGAAGGGUCAAUCGAGAGGAACUUCGAAGAGAUCGCUAGUAAACGGGCAAAACUUAUUAUGAAUAAAAGCUACGACGGCCACGAAAAUCUCUUAAAGCCGGAUGAAGGCGUGCUGAGCAGCUACGACCUGCAGCAUCACGACUUUAAAGAUAUCGAACUGUUUUUGAGGUUUCUGUAUGGGCGCAUUCAGGAAGAUGAUAUCGACCCGGCUUCGUUAGGACAUUUUGUGGCGUUGGCCUUUGAUCUCGGUUUGUACAAGUUGCGACAGGUUAUGGAGGAGAUUAUCCGCCAUAAACUUCUACACGAAAAUCCGGUGGACAUCAUGAAAUUUUCCGCUGCGAAUAAUCUGUACUGGCUUCAUGUGGCUGCUUUCGAUUUUAUAACCAACAACUUCUACUACUAUCUGGAAGGUCAGCAUUUCCGCAACUGGACGGCGGAUGCUCUUGACAUCUACAUCAAAGCUGAUGACCUCAGACUCAAAACGGAAUUUGAUGUAUAUCGUCUGGUGCGCGAAUGGUUAUUAUGCGAUCCCACCCACCUGGAACACGCCAACCAUUUCCUUCACUGCAUUCGCUUCUUCCGGAUGUCAACGGAGGAAAUUUACGACUGCUUGAACCUGAAUGCCCAGGGCGAAACGUUUGAUUUCGCGGAAAUGCAGCUGGUCAUCACCAUGCAUCUGUUUAUACAAGACAGUUUAAAACGAGGCGAUAUACUUCAGCUACCCAUUCCUCCCAACAGAGUAGCGGAGAAUCUCUACUAUUGGGACCCGCGCGUGCUGUAUGGCGAAGUAGCCGCCGCCCAUAUUUUUCUCAAUCUACCACAACCGUUUGUCCACGAGAGCGUAAUUCGGGAUAUUCAGAUUGCGGAGAAAGAGUACAAAAACGUCUAUGAAGCCGAAGAGAAGGCGAGAAUGGUGCGGGAACGAGCCGACCGACUGGUCAAAGACGAAGAGGAGAAGUGUCGGAAGAUGUUCGAGAUGAUGGGGAUAUGCACGGAAGGACGCAGUCCGAAGACGGUGGAGGUGCUGAAAUCGCAGGAGAUACAGCGGCUUAUCCCGUUUAUGGAACCGCCUCAUGCUCGCUGGCCCUGGCCUGGACCUCCUAAAGAUGGUGGCAAGUUGGACCAUCGAAAAAGUUUUGUUGGGGGUGAGGAACUUGCUGUUACGUAGCCUUUCAGUUAGUUCAUUUAUACGAUUUUAUCUGUGAUUUUUGUGUACAUUAUGCCCUUGAUACUUGAGUGCUUUCUUUUGUAUUUCAUGCUUACAUGGUGUUAAACAAAAUCGGAAACACGUACAUUG